GUUCAGUAAGAGGCGGUUGUCGCAUCUACGUACGUAGAGACAUUAAUUGUGCGCCCGGAUAAAAGACAAUUUUAAAUGACAAUAAUUUAUUAACAGUGGAUAUAAAAUGGUGCGAAGUUUAGCCCAGUGGACGAAAACUCUCAGUUUCCCAGCCAGGAUUUCGCCAAACAAAAGUUCAAAGGACAGUGUUGUUAACAAUAACGUUCAUCAAGUUAGUUCAACAGUAACUCCUACUCCUAGUAACAAUUCGUUCACUGGACAUACUGUUAAAAACAACGAAAUUAAUAAAAUGAUGAACAAUAAUAAUUGUUCUUCAAUGACGGAAGUUAAUCAAAUCUAUUCUGAUCCUGAAUCAGAAAAAGCGAUUAUGAGCUCAGUGGUCUACUGUAUUCAUCACAAAGAAGGCUGUAAAUGGUCGGACGAAUUAAGGAAGUUAAAGGCCCACCUGAAUACCUGUAAACAUGACACCAUACCAUGCACAAGCAAAUGUGGGGCCCAAAUACCCAGGGUAAUUAUGGAAGACCACCUGAAGUACACUUGUCCACAAAGAAGAACGAGGUGCGAGUUUUGCAAUAAAGAAUUCUCCGGCCAUGCUUUAGAAAAUCACGCAGGAUCGUGCGGAUAUGAACCACUUUAUUGUGAGAACAAGUGCGGAGUCAAAAUUCAAAGGCGCCACUUAAGCCAGCACAAGGUUUCCGACUGCGUAAAACGCCUUCUUCCAUGUAGAUAUUGUACCAAAGAGUUUGUAGCUGAUACCUUAGCUGCUCACCACGUUAAAUGUGGAAGGGUACCUAUACAUUGCCCCAAUCGUUGUGAAGUCAACGUUUUGGCUCGAGAAGAAUUAGAAACUCAUCUCAAAGAAGAUUGUACUAUUUCCGUUCACAGUUGUUCGUUCAAAGAAGCUGGAUGCAGAUUUAAAGGCCCUAAAUACAUCAUGGAAAAGCAUUUGGAAGAAAAUUGUCAGCAACAUUUGCAGUUGAUGUGCACUGUGGUAUCCAAACAGCAACAUCAGAUUACUUCACUCAAAAAUGCCCUCUCUAGACUAUCUUUGAAUUAUUCUGGGACUCUAAUCUGGAAAAUCAGUGAUUUUUCUGCGAAAAUUGCUGAAGCCAAGACUAAAGAAGGAAUGGAGUUGGUGUCUCCUGCGUUUUAUACUAGCCAAUAUGGAUAUAAGCUUCAGGCUUCCCUGUUCCCAAAUGGCAAUGGAGCAGGAGAAGACAGUCACAUAUCCGUCUACAUAAAAAUCCUGCCAGGUGAAUAUGACGCUUUAUUGAGAUGGCCAUUCGCCCAUUCAGUUUCCUUCACCCUUUUCGAUCAGUCGAAUUGCCCAGAAAAAGCGUGUAAUAUUAUUGAAAGCUUCAUUCCGGACCCAACUUGGAAAAACUUUCAGAGGCCCAGCAAAGAACCUGACUCUUUGGGAUUUGGCUUUCCCAAAUUUGUUUCUCACGAAAUGAUUAAGAAGAGGCAUUUUAUGAAGGAGGAUAUUAUGUUUAUUAGGGUUAAAGUUGAUCCUAGCAAAAUUGUAGCUGUUUGAAUUCUGCUUACGCCCAGCUGGAUAUUUUUCUAUGUUGUGUGUCUUAGACAAAAAUUGAACUUUCUCGAAGCUAAUUUAAAAGACCCAAAUAGUAAAAUAUCACAUAUUCUCACAAGCACAAAAAACGGAGCAGUGGCAGUUUGUAGAACAAAUUUAUAAUGUUAACGCUUUCUGAUGUCCUAAACACAAAUAAUAAAACAACAUGUUUUAAUUAAUUUUUAAAAGCAAUUGAACCAUUAUUUGGAAAAAAAGUUUUCGAACACAAAUUCACGAAAAUUGUAUAGAUCUUAGCGCUCAAAAGUGCGGUUGGCAAUAGGGUUUUCUGUUUUUAUUGAUUUGAGAAAUUUGUCAAGUCGAAACAAGUUUUUUUAAGUUGUGCAACAUGUUUUUUAUCUAAAAGUUAUGGCUGUUAAUCCCGAAACAGCGCCUGUUAUUGUUGCUUUGAUUGUGAGCGAUAUGUUCUUAGACAAUUAUCACAUACACUGUACCGUAUUUUUACACGUUCUACGGAAACUAGAGCUUACACCAGACCACAUGGAACUGGUACCCCACAAAAAAACAAUGUUCGAUCAUCAUCGCUUUACCAUCAUACAGUCUGCGAAAUCGUUGUUCUAUGUACGUGCUACUGCUGUAGAAAUCAGGACUUCAUCACGUCCCCAAUGCCAAUAAUUAGUGAAUGGACAGUAAGACAGAACUUGGAGAAGCCAGUCUCACCAGUCGUAGACCUACGCGAUUUCAUUUUGCCAGAAAUCAUGAGCCCUGGGGUGAAAAAGAAUGGCAUUUUGUUUACCGAUAAGAAGGUCGUGAGAGAGUACCGUCCUAGUAGGUACCUUUACCUAGAGUAGGCUACCAAGGGAGCUCAGUUAUUGCGUGGGCUGGAAUUUUUCUGGAGGCACUCACAAAAUUAUACCUCAUUCCAAGAGGCUAUUUAACUGCUGCCAGGUACAUUGAUGAAAUUCUCCAAGAUUAUGUUGUUUUCAUUGGAGAUGACGUUCUCCUUCAGGUCAGACCUCACACCGCGAGAAUCACGCGAUUGUACUAAAAGACGAUGCCGAUGUGUAAACAUUUUUGUAAUAGAGUGGCCAGCGUAAAUUCGAGAUGCGAACCCAAUUGAACGUGUUCGGGACAUGCUUGGGCAAAGAAGGCGAACUUGUGUUCCUGUUGCAACAAGCUUUUUUAGAGAAAUGCAUGCUUGCAAGAGAGCAUUAUUCGCCAUUUAAUGUAGGCAUGCCAGCGAGAAUACAUGCAUUAAAUCGGGUACAUGCGGCAACAGCAGUUAUUAAAAAUGCGGCUCCCUAGUUUUUGCUGCUAGCAGCUCGUUUCAGUUUUUACUAAUUUAACGUCAUUUUGCCACACCGCCAAUUUGUGUUUUUUCGUCGACGUUCUUUAAAUAGUUUUUCUUUCGAAUUAAACGUUCAAUUGUUAUUAGAAAUUACUGGAAAACACUUCGCUUUGUUUGUGUUCAAGAUUGUAGUAAUAAAGCAACGUAAAGCGUGAAAAUAAUAAGCUUGUUUAAAAAAAUGCAACUUGUAUAAUAAUUAUUUUGAUCUCGAACUAAUUGUAAAUUUUGUAAAAUAUCGAAUGUAUUUGCUUAAAAAAUUAUAAUUAAUAUCAAAAAUAUGGAUUUGUUGCCUGAAGGCUGUGUUAAGUAGUCAUUAUAUGGCAAGAUAGAUUUUAGGAUGAAUUUAUAAUUUAUAAUAGUUACAUCAUAUGGGCCAACUCAAUUUACCCUAAAACUAAAAUAAAAUGCAUUUGGAAUUAUUUUACUGUUAAAUUGUAAUUUUGUGAUAGCUGGAAACACCAAAGGAUCAAUUUGUACAAAAAAAAUGUAUGUACAUAGGUACAUACUUAUAUAGGUAUUAUAGAUUAUGUUUUGAUUUGUGUAAUUAUAAUUAUGUUAUCACUAACCAAAUAGCUAGUUUAACAAAAUGAAUGCCAGGUUGAGGAUUUACCUACAAUUUUAGUUGAUCAAUGAAUGAAUGUACCUACCUAUUUUAAUGGCUCAUUUUUUAUCUUUUUCAUUUUCAAUUUUCAUCUUACAUACUUAUAAUAUUUGAUCAUGUGAGUUUAUCGACUUUUGUGUAUGAAUAUUCUUAAUAAACAUGUCUAUACCCCUUUUGUUUGUGAUUUUGUCAUUCCCAUAGUAAUAAAACUCUUUCAAAACUCAGUA